CCAGUCUCUUCAUUCUUUACUCUCUUCCUCUCCCUACAGCCAGUCUGUUAGAUUUCCGACGCUCACAUUCGAUCUCUCCGUCCAAUCUCAAAUACACCUGAGACCACUGCUUGACGCAUUUCCCAUUUAGCGAGCCAACUCCCGCACCUCUCAUCGCAGGUCGAUCCACUCUUUGAACUUCUGCACGCAACGUUACACGCCUUCCAUCUUCCGCAUCAACUUCUAUUCACCAUCAUCCCAAACAUCAGCAUGUCUUCUUUCAGCCUCAACGUCACCCUCGCCCAGGCGAUUGCCUUCUUGACUCGUCCCCUCCUCCGCACUACUCCUGCUGCCACUGUCGUUCGCCUUCAGUCUCUUCUCGAGGCGAACCUCACUGCCUUGUUCGCUCCGACUUGGGAAGUGACCGAUCCCCUCCGUGGCUCAGGACGCCGGUGCCUUACCUUGUCCCCCAACUGCCUUCCUCAUCGCUAUGUCUAUGCCGCAUGCGUUGCUGCUGGCGUCCAGUGGUUCGACUGGAUGGCCGCGCUCGGUGGGCGCGAGUUCGACUUCUUCGUUGACCCCGGCUCCGUCUCCGUUCGUUUCGGGCAAGGUGCUAAACUGAUCACCGUCUGGUCCGAGGAACUCAUGGUUCAUUCCCUCCCGAACACGUCGUCCUCGGCAACGUCUAAGACUCUUGCACAGCAGCUCUUGGAGAAUGACGAGGAAGAAGACGAGCAGAUUUUCGCCAUGAUUGCCGACGAAGUCAGCGCUCCUACCUGGAUGGCCCCCAUCCUGGACAAGUUCCCCAUGCCCAUACGCUCCGAGUCACCUCUUUCCGCGAUCUCCAGCGACUCGCGCUCGUCCAAUUCGAGCUCCUGCUUUUCGUCAUCAGACUCGCGUAGCUCCACACCAUCCAACGCGACUGCUUCUUCCGCUGGUAGCGUGGGGACUUCGAACCUCUCCCGUCGUGAGAGGGCCAGGCAAGCUCGCGUCUUCAUUGACACCACGAAGACGCAGGUGACUCCUUAUGAUGGAGGCAAGACCACCGUUCUUACCGGUGGUGUCAUGUUGGGCGCCGCGCGUGCCCCGGCUAAGUCUACUCCCCAGGCUGGCUCCACCGCGACGACCUGGCGCCGUGUCUAAACGACGCUCCAUCUCUUGACAUCACCUUCGGUUUGAUGGAAUUUUAUGACAACCUCUGGCAGACCCUUUACGCCUUUUACGCAGAAAAAGCAUUUCAACGAACUUUCAUCUGGACAUUAUACCAUAGCAUACCAUAACUUUCAGGCUUUAUAUCAUAAUUGUUCUCUGCCUUUCUCCGUCACCCCCUUGUCUCCUUACAAAUCGAAUGUGUAGCAUCUACAGACCUUGGCAUACCUUUUGUGGUUCUGCAAGCAAUACCCCCCUGCUGUCGAUUUCAUCUUGGGCAUUUGUAGAUUAUCUAGUUCGUAAUAUUGCUUUCUGCUUGUAUUCUCAAUACAUAGCCUGGUGCACCACAAGUCCUUUUGUCUCUGCUGCAUGGAAAAGCGCGAACGAUUGCAAGCGUAAAUGUACA